AUUUAGUAUUUCCUGUUUCCGCCCAGAGCAAAAACAGAGCGGCACCGCACGCGUGUCUCUGGAAACGCGUUUCAGUCGCGUGUUUUUACUGUGAACGACGAGAAGUUCAGUUAAUACCGGAGACAAGAGAACCGGACCGGUGACGUGUGUAGUUCAGUAACGGGUGUUUUAAAGGCGUGUAACGUUAGUUCAGUAACACGCGCGCGAGGCAGAGAAUCAGAGAUCAGCCGCUCAUCUUCAGAGAAGCACAGAUCCGCUUCAUCAAAGCUCCAGCAGCACAGAGACAGUGUGUGGUGGUCUGGGGUCUUCAGGAUGGUGGUCUUCACGUGUAACGCCUGCGGCGAGUCUCUGAAGAAAGCUCAGGUGGAGAAACACGUGAUGAAGUGCCGCUCCUGUCAGGUUCUGUCCUGCAUCGACUGCAGCAAAGACUUCUGGGGUGAUGAUUACAGGAACCACAUCAAGUGCAUCAGUGAAGAUCAGAAGUACGGCAGUAAAGACUUCCAGGUGAAGGUGAAUAAAGGCGAUGUGAAGCAGCAGCAGUGGAUUCAGAGGAUCCAGCAGGCCAUGGAGCAGCCCCACAUCGAGCCCAGCCUGCGGUCGGUCCUGCAGAAGGUCAGCGCUUACGAUAACGUGCCGCGCAAGAGAGCCAAGUUUGAGAACUGGAUGAAGAACUGUCUGAAGAUCUGCUCCCCGUGUUUACUGGAGAAGGUCUGGGAGAUCUGCUCAACGGCUGCCCACAGCACGGCGAGUGAACGCGAGAACCGAAGCGACACGAACGACGGCGCUGAGACGAACAAAAACAAGAGAGAUGAGCGGAAGGAUAAGAAGAGCAAGAGGAAGACUUCAGACGAGAACACAGAGCAGAACGGAGAGAACACUGAGAAACAGAGGAGAAGAAAGAGAAGACGAGAGGAGAACGAGCAGAACACAGACGAAAAGAGCAACAAAAAACAGAAGAGAAGAGAACAGGAGGCGUAUGACGAGAGUCCGAGUCUGGAGGGGGAGGAGCCAGCGAGCCAGGAGUCUGAGUCAAGCUCUGCAGGGAAGUUUAACUGGAAAGGGACGAUAAAGGCGGUUCUGAGAGACGCUCCGGAGGACGGACUCGCUGUCAAGAAACUCCGCAAGAAGGUCUUAGCGGCGUAUUACUCUUUCACUGGAGACUCAAACUACAGAUCGGAAGAGGAGCUUCUGUCUCUGUUCAACAGAAAGAUCAACAACAACCCCAAGUUCAAGAUCCUCAAAGACAGAGUCAGACUGCAGAACUGACAGCUGUCUUCAUCGUCUCUUGCUGUAAUAAACGCCGCGAGCGAGUGAA